AUGACGCUCAAAAUGAAGGGCCGUUUUCCUAAGGCAGGAUUAGCAAUUCGAGCCGGCCAUGCCAUUUUUUCGAUGCUCCCGGAGAAUUUUAACAAACUUAAGCCCCGAAACCGCCACACCCCACACGCCGCCACGGGCCCCCUGUACUACCCCGCCCGUACCAGAGGUAGCAACCCGUUGCGAAGCAGCAAGGUGGUGGUGAUGGUGGUGGUGGUGGUGGUGGUGGUGAUGGUGGUGGUGAUGGUGGUGGUGGUGGUGGUGGUGGUGGUGAUGGUGGUGGUGGCGGUGGUGGUGGUGAUGAUGGUGGUGAUGGUGGUGGUGAUGGUGGUGGUGAUGGUGGUGGUGGUGGUGGUGAUGGUGGUGGUGGUGGUGAUGGUGAUGGUGGUGAUGGUGGCGAUGGUGGUGGUGGUGGUGGUGAUGGUGGUGAUGGUGAUGGUGGUGGUGUCGACACGUCAGGAAGCAGCGGAAGCUCAAAACGUCGCAACUGGGUUUAUUGGGUUAUUGCGGGGCUACUCAUGCAUGAAUGCAUGCAUGCGGUCCACCGCCGCCGAACGGCGGCUGAACGCCGCUAUAUAUUGGCCACCAAAUGGCUAA